UAGUAGGUAUUAGGUAAGGUAUCUCAUUCUCAAUCUCUUAGAUCCUUCAUCAAACAUUAUAUCAAAUUCACCCAACAACAAACUGCAACAUUCAUGGCACGUCGAGAUAUCAUUGACUUGACGAAUGAUGAUAAAACGAGUGUCACCUCGGAUGAAGGCAGAUUACCUCACAGGCUGUCCCGACGAGCACAUCGUGCAAGUCAAAGUAGAGACCCGCCGCUCGCAUCAGUAUCCACAACUCCGAAGCGCAAAAGGAAGGCACAUCAAUUACAUGAUCACUUAACCAUAUCUAGUGGUGAUGACACGAAGAUCGUGUCUGCGGAUGACAGUCGACCAGCAUCGGGAGUGCCCACUCGUGUUAAAUCGCAUGAGUUGCAGCCUGCUCGGAAAAAAACCCGCACGCCGUCUGACCAGCCCAGCCCGACUAAAGGUCAAGACCUAGCAGCGAGUACUAAGAGACAACCUGGGCUCACCACGACGCUACAUGAAAGCAUAAACAGUGCGAAGACUUCUAAUCGCAGAAUUGGCGUUGUAAGCAAUGAAACAGUCCUGGAGAAUGAUGCAGCACCGAUUGCCAGCACAGACUCAUCAACACGCCUCAGGGAUGCUACAGUGAAUCGUUCAAAGGUUUCAGAGGCCGAGGAAGUAGGUAUAGCCAGAAUCGACACGGUAAACCCCUCCAAGCACCUCCGGAACGCUGUUGCGAAUCCUCUAAGAGUCUCGGAGGCUGCGGCCGCUCGGUUAGCUGAUACUGCAAUGGUAUACUCAUCAAGACUUAUCAACUACGAUGACCGGAUCAGUCACAAGACAUCCAUCCUGAGCGGAGAAGGAGGCCCCAGGGUCGUGGAGGAGGAUGCAACAAGUCCCAAGGAAGUGACCCAAGUGAGGAGCUUUGAUGCUGUUGACACGGCCAACGCAGAUUCGAACCAGGGUGCCCAUGAAGUAGAGUCUACUGAGCAAAGACGUACCGUACCAAUAGUAAACCGUAAUCAUAAAUCCUUUGAUCAACAUUCUGAAUGGUUCGAGCUGAUGACAAUCAGACACAGACAGGGGCGUGGAAGAAGAGGCAGUUUCUGAGAUUGUGCGGCGCCAUGUUCAAAAGUGUCUCAAAGACCGAGAGGCACAACUUUCGUCCCUACUCGAGCACCAACGAAAAGCCAUCAAACGAUGCAAUGAUAGAUGGGUCGAUAAAGAAAAC